GCAAGUUGUUGAGAGGUGGGGACGUCUUGGCUUCUCUCUUUGCCGCUUCUACACGGCUGUUCAUCUCCCUAUCUUUUUCUCUAUCGAUCUCUUCCGUCUCUUCUCCCGCGGAUGGAUCCGAUCAGGUAAGAGUCGUGCCGGGUGCAGAUCUUUUCGUCUGUGACUUUCUUUUUUCGGGUUUUUUUGGGGGGGUCUUUGAGUUGUUUCGGAGAAGGUUGUGGGGGAGAUCUGCAUAGAACAAAGACAGCGGAGGAGGACGGGCGGAUCGAGCAUGAGCAGUUUCUUCCCUGGGAAGGUUUGGGGUUCUUUUUGGGUUUAGUAAACGUCUCGGAUGCACUGGAUGCUGUAUUGGCGUGAGAUUCAAAAUAAUCCGUACCUAAGCCGAAGAGAAAUUUGUUAUGGUUCAAGCGAUGUGCUGGGAAUCUACGCCGGAUCUGUUGGUCUUACGAUUUCAUCUUUUUGAAAGUUGAGUUGAGAAAAGCAAUGAUCUGAUAGUCUUUUAAGGCAGAAGGGGAAUCGGCAGCUUCGGUGGCCGUUGCAAGAGCUCUAUGAUGGUUCUUGUGGUUGAUGGUGGUGCACCUUCACAUUCUGAUAAUAGAUUAGUUGAUACUGCAUCAGCAUAGAUCAUUCUAUGUUUCACUCCGUUUAAGAGAAUUAAGAUAGGUUAUCUCUUGGUCAGCCAUAAUCUUAGCAAAUGCAGCUACAUAAAGAGUUUGAAACUGACCAUUCAGAUCAUCACUCUGGUGAGUCUAUUUCAGGUAUGCCAAUAAAAAAAAGGCUGUUUCAUUUGUCACAGUGCUCAUCUUCUCUGUCCCAAGAAACAUGUACAAUGCCCCAUAAUUGUCGGGGGCAACCUAAAAAGUUCUUUCUCGAAGAAGAAUCUUCUGUUUCAGAGAAUGGUGCUGCUCUAGCACUAGACACCAAUACCAUUCCUAAAGACUUCCUAAAGUCUUCCUCCGCAUUAUCUGGUCAGAAAUCUUAUUUUUAUGGUCCUAACAUGUCAAUGUUUCAUUCAAGUGCUGUCCAAGCUGAUCAUGAGAACAUGGAACUCAAGAAAGCCACAAGUACUUUCAAGGGAUCAAAUAUGGUGGAAGAUCCGAACAUAGAUAACAGAUCAUCCCUUAGCUUGAGUAUGGAAAAAGGAAAACAGUUAGCACAACUCGGUAUAUCUGAAAUGGUUAUAGGUGACAGGCAUAUUGAAGGGAAAUUUGCUUCAAGUGAUGUGCCUGCAUUUAGAGGCGUUGAAACAACAUCCAAUAUGCGUUUAACAUCAUGUAAUGAUAAGAAAUAUCAUGGUUACAACUCAUUGGAGCGAGAGAAAGUUGAAAUGUGUUCAAUGGAUCUGCCUCUGGUCAAGGGGUCACAACAUCUGAAUCCAACCAUGCACAAUGACUUGGAUCCAAAAUAUGGUUCUGCUCAUCACUGUGUGAACAGAGUAAAUUGGGAUUUGAAUGUUCCGAUGGAAGUAUGGGAUGCCAGCAUAAAUGAUUCAAUUAUAGAACACAACAUCAAUAAUAGGUUAAAUCAGAGGGCCAUGCACCAGCAAAACAUUGACAGAUGCCUUUUCCAAACUACUCUAGGGACCAUUGGGAGUGAUUUGACAUUAGGAACAUCUAUGGUUGAGAAAAAUCAUUGCAGCCCCAGAUUGACAGAUCUGGGAAUGCCUGCUGAUGACGAUAGAGAGUAUGAAGGUGGCUUGGAAUUGCAGCUUAGACCACCUAGCCGGCCGGAGUUACGAAUUAAAUGGGGAAAGAUAGUGCCUCCCGAUCUAAGUCUGUCGUUGACUGGGAAUCUUUCAGAUGCAUCUCGUAGAGUUGUGAAACCUGAACCAUGUGAGGACAACAGUCAUAAAGAAACUGAAAAUUUUCAACUUAGUAGUCUAAAACCAGUGGGUAUUAGCCUUGUGAAAUCUGAACCAUGUGAUGAAAGUUCUCAGGGUGAAGCUUCCAGUGUAGCUGUUCCCUUUGAUCAGGAACCUUCAGUAGGCAGAAUGAGGAAAUCAGAAGCACCUCAGGAACUUGAGGGAAAGUCAUCAAAUCUGGAGUUGGAGAGUCAUCUAUUAACAUCGUGUUGUACAACUACAGACAUCCCAUUAAGUAAGGUUAAGGCUGUGGUUUUGAACUCUAAUGUUGUGCUUCAUGAUGGUAGCCCAGUUAUCCCUGAUAAUUUAAAGAUAAAAUCUGGUGAAAGCACUUGUCUAGCCUUAGACUGCACCACAGUAUCAGGUGCUAGUAUACCUUGUAAAGCUGAGGUUAUGCUUACGGACACUUGCACUCACCAUGAUUCACAAAAGAGUACUGUUAAACCAUUGGAUAUGGUUGUAGACUCUGUCAUUUCUGAUGCAAAUGGAUUUAUUACAAAUGAAACAGAAAUUUCUGAAACUGCUGAGGUAGCUUCUACACUGCAUCAUGAAUCUCUGGUUUCUGAUCUUGAAGAACCCAUGGCUUGUGAUGGUAUGUCCGAAGGUAGUGCUGAAAUGGACGUCUCAGGUGGUGAAUAUUAUACUUCACCGAAAGUAGUUGCUAGAGAUGAUCUUCAUGUUAGUGACAAAAGUGGUGUAUCAAGUGGUGGAGACCAGGACAGCAUGGACUUGCCUGCUGAGAUUCAGACAGAGCAGCCUAAUGACGAUGACCUACAGUUGGAUGCUUCUAAUUGUCUAACGUGUUCAAGAGAUGAGAUCAGUAGAUCUGAAGGUGGUGAUCUUGAGGACAAAGGUGCUGAUCUUAGAGAUCCUGUGCCACAAUGUGCAAAUGAGGUUUCAUGUGACCAUGACGAGAAAAGAGUACAUGGAUAUAUGUCACAUUGUGCCAAUGAGGUUCCAUGCAAGAAUGUAAAGGAGGUACAGGGAGAUGUUGCUACAGCCUUGUUUAGUUCAAACAGUGUUCCCAUCAUUGUGGAAGUACAUUUGGAUAAAAAAGGAAAACAAAUAGUUUCUCAGGAGGCAAGGAGUGGUCAUAGUGCCAAAGAUAUUGAUGGGAACAUGAAAGAUGAUAAAAAGCAGACAAGUUGUGACUUGACAACAGAUGUGCAUGAAUUAUCAGUCACUAGAGUGCUAAGGGCGUCUUCUAGUAAGAGGCUUACAAAACCUUGUCAUGGAGUAAUAGAGAUGCGCCUUGGAAAGGACAAGGUCUCAGAGAUGAAGUCAAAUUCCUUCGAUGCGAUUGCAAAAACCAAUCGGGAUAACUUGGGCAAAUGGCAGAUUAGCGGUAAGUAUGCCAGUGCAUCUAUUAAGCAUCCGGAAUUGCCAGAGAGAGAUUUUGAUGUCAGUGGCAUUGUAAAUAAGCAUGUUGAUGAUGCAGGUAGCCAUAACCACAUUAAGAAUGCUGAUGCUAGCUGUAAGAAUAGACAGAUUGAAAAGGUAAGUUCACCUACUAUUAAGUCAUUUGGCCAGAGGAGGCCUAUUUCUGCUUGGACAGUUCCAUCUGGGACUGAGGAGAGAGUGAUUAUUAAGCAGAGGCAAGACAGAUUGUAUUCUGAAGGGAGAAGGCCUUCAAAAGUUGAAAGUAGGAAGAAUCAAGGACAGCGUAUUGAUGAAUGUGAUUCUAACUACAGAAGCACCAGAAGGCAUGGCAACCAGUAUUUUGAUCGGGAUUCUGACACCCAGUAUGCACCAGAACUUAAUAAUCCAGGGAAGCACCAUCUCCCGAAGCUGAGUAAACGGCUGGAAAUUCCAUUUGGCUCUGUUGGGAAUGCUGGUAGAUUAUUGAGAAAGCCAAUAAAUGAUCAGCCAAAUAAUUCAUCUCGUUUUCCAUCUUGGAGGCAGUUGCCAGGGCACCAAGAGGUACCAUCAUUGCUGGGUGCCCGAAGUGCUGGAUUCCCAGCAAAGAACACUACGUCAAACAGGUUCAUUGGGAGAAAAAUCCAUGAUGACACUCUACUGGCUCAUGAGGACAAUAUGAUUGGGAAUUUACCUGGUGAAAUGGUAGAUAAUGUAUUGUAUUCACGCCCGAACCUGCAAUAUGAGCCAACUGAGAAUGAUCUCAUGACAAGGGGAAGGAGCCUUUCACCUCUCCGGAGGAGGCUCCAUCCAGUACAGUACUAUCGAGCACACUCACCUCGUAUGUGGCCUUCACCCGGAAGAUCACCUGAAAUGGUAGUUGAUAGACAUCAAGAGCUAAUAAGACAUGGUCCAUCACCCGUUGUCAGGGUUGGUAUGUCGAGAUCACCCCAUCCACAACCUUGUUUUCCUGAAGAUGGAAUAGUCAGAAGGAAUGUUUCGCCUCCUUAUCCUCAGUUUCCUGCUGACAUGAGAGACAUGCUUCCUGUUGAUGAUCUUAACUUUCACAGGCCUGGUGGGGUUCUUCAGAGGAAUUUAAGGAGGUUUGACAUGAUGCCACAUGAUACUGUUGAGGACUACCUUGGACCUCCAGACUUUGUCGAUCAUUUUGAUCGAAGGGAUUAUUAUGAUAGGCGUGAACGUGUUCAACCUUUGUAUCCAGGUUGUGAUCCUGGUGACAUUGGAAAGGAUGCUCUUCCUUAUGAUGAUGGUUGUCAUAUGCCUAACAGGUUUUUCCCAGUGGGUGAAGUGAUUCCUGCUAGGGGCAGCUCAAGGGACUUCGUCAGUCACAUAAGGAACCGACUUGGAAAUGCUACUAACAUAUUUCGAACACAGGAGCAGGGUGAAGAUUACAGAUAUCAUAGAAAACAAGGAUGGCAUGAAGGUGGUUUCAAUGAUAUGAGGCCUAAAAGGAGAAAGUUCUAAUAGUGUAGGUUGUUUUCAGGGUAUUAGCAUGUAUGCCAAGAAAACUGGUUGCCAGCUCUUGGGCUUGACUUCCCUCUUUUAUGGUGGCCCAGAUUUGGUCCUUCAUGGAGAAUGGUGCAAAUAGAAGGCGAUCAGCAUGACUCAGUUGGGUAAGUUAUUGAUGCUCAUUUCUUCGUGGACUAAUAUGUUGCACCAACGUGGUUGGCAUUACUGCAAAAAUAAAAGAAAAAUAUUGGUUGGUACCAAGGAAAAAUAUAUGUCGAGACAUGGCAUAGCAGUUUUAUCGUAUCCUUUUCAAGGAACUUGGCAGGGAAAUAUAUUUGAGCUCUUUUUCUUCAUUGCCAAAGAUUAAUGGUCAGAAGAUGAGCGAAAAUGAAUCACUGUCUUUUGACUCGGUAUAUUAUAUCUUGCAUACAUCGACAGAAUCCUAAUUUUUCUUUAA